AACGCGGCCUGGACCCGCAAUGGAUCGUCACUCUAAACAUUGCAUUCCAUGACAGCCGACCCUUCUUAUUCUCCUUCUCCUCUAUCUGUUUCGACAAUUGAGAGGAUUUAUUGUCGCUAUUGACUACUUACUCCAGUUUUGCCAAUUCUUCGAUAUUAUCAACGACCGGUUGCAUUUUACAGCAUGCGAUUGUUCAACUAUUUACCGCUGGUGCCCGCGGUUCUGGCAAACCCGCUCAAUGUGCGGUCCACCGCCUGCAACAAUUCCCCCGACCUCUGCGACAAGUCCUACGGCGAGAUUACGCAUCUGGGUGCCCAUGACAGUCCCUUUGUGCGCAGUUCGGAUAGUGUUCUGGCUGGUGAUCAAUACUACGAUACCCCUACCCAGCUGAGUGCCGGUGUUCGCCUCGUAACGGCCCAAGUACACAAGGAGAACAGCGAAUGGCGUCUGUGCCAUUCCUACUGCUCACUGCUGGACGCCGGCCUGUUGAGUGACUGGCUGGCUAAGAUCAAGUCAUGGCUGGAUGAUCAUCCCAAUGAAGUCGUCACAAUUCUCCUGGUCAACUCCGACAGCGCCUCAGCCUCUGAACUCGGCGCCGAAUUCAAGACCGCCAACAUCACCGACUAUGCCUACCAGCCCGACUCACUUACCACCGCACCCUCUUCCUGGCCAACCCUCCAAACUAUGAUCAACUCUGGCAAACGGCUCGUCGUCUUCGCCACGCCGCUGACCACCAGCACGGAUUACCCCUACCUCAUGUCGGAAUUUGACUUUGUAUGGGAGAACAACUACGACGUGACAUCGCCCUCGAACUUCACCUGCGAACCCGACCGACCAACCUCCCUCUCAGGCUCCAUUUCUACCGCCCUAUCCUCCAACCGCCUCCCCAUGAUGAAUCACUUCCUAUACUCCACCGAUCUGGCGAUUCUAGACAUUGAGUACGCCAACGCCAGCUACGUGUCGACCACGAACGCGCCCUCCGGCGGCACCGGUAACCUCGGCAGCACUGCAACUAAGUGCAAGACCGCCUACGGUGGUCGUCAACCUACUUUUAUUCUGGUGGAUUUCUUCAAUAAGGGACCUGCGUUGGAUACGGUGGAUAGUCUGAACAAUGUGACCAAUGCGGUGGGACGGACGUCGGUUUCUUCGUCCUCGACCUCCUCGAGUGAUGGGUCUACUAUCAAUAACGUGUUCUCGGGACUAGUUGAGCUGGCCAGCUCGGCCAAAUCCGGCGCUAGCACGAGUAUGGGGGAUUGGAUCUGGGCUGGAGGGAACUGGAAUAGUAUUCUGGGUGGGGGGAUUUCCUUCUAAGCUCAGGGGGGAGUUCCCCUUUUGUUCCCCUUCCCCCUUUUUCCCGCCGAUUCUUUUAUUGAAUCUUGGCGUCAUGUUUUCUUUUUUGACUCUUUCAAUUAUUGUGCAGCGUUUUGUUGUUCUCGGACAUUUUGGAGGGUUUACCCCUGAUUGAUUCCACUUCUUACGAACGUGGAUCUGGCCUGGUUAGGCCCGUUACAUAGAGCAUGGAUAUGGGUGGGACAGGCUUGUCGAUUACUAUCUUGUUUUUUUUUUUUGUGCUUUGGGAUCCUUGGGCAAGGUGCUGGCGCAUUGCAUUGCAGAUGGCAUAUCGCACCCAAGCAAAAAAGGGAUACGGCGUUUUGGGGGAUCAGUUGAAUAUCUUGGUUGAGAAACGACUGAAAUGACUUUCUUUUUGAGCAAGAUACUGGAAGACCUGAUUCCCAUCAAGCCAUGUGCCGGUCUUGGUGCUAGAACGAAUUGAAAUAACACUUUUAAGAAGACUACAA